AUGGCAGACAAUACGACGCCGUGCAUUCCUAUCAACGAGCCGCCUAUGAUGAUGGAUCGAACAUUGCUCAUGGGGGUAACCCUUGCUGGCGGGGCAUGGGGCGUUCUGCUGGCAGUGUCUUUUCGGACGGUCCAGGCCCUUUUUGUCUGCAUCUCGUCGAGACCGCAAACUAGCCGCGCUUACGCUGUGUCCCUACUGGCGUUUGUUCUGCUUGUAUUCGCCUGCGGAACCCUCAACUAUGCAGCGAACACGGAACUGGGUCUACGCGUGUAUGUUGAUAACCGCAUGUAUCCUGGAGGGCCGUCUGCAUUCCUUCUUGCACAUUAUGCCGAUCCCUGCUUCAUAAUGGGGAAUGCCAGCUACGUUGUGGCCAGCGCCCUAGCCGAUGCACUCCUGCUCUAUCGCUGUUACAUUGUUUGGGCAGAGCAAUGGCGCGUCGUCAUCUUCCCGGUUUGCAUAUACCUCGCAUCGAUAAGCAUGUCAGUCUUUCUCAUGUACCAAGUGAGCCAACCGGCCACGAGUCUAUGGCACCACAUCAACUUUGGUCUUGCGUACUUCUCUCUUUCACUCGCGGUCAACGUCAUAUUGACAUUCCUCAUCGCUAGCCGGCUAUUAGCGUUCAGCAAACGAAUGAAGGCAACACUCGGCGCUCAGCACGCCCAUACGUACACCAGCGUUGCCGCACUGGUCGUAGAGAGCGCCGCGCCGUACGCCUUGACCAACCUCGUGUUCAUCGUCACGUACGGCAUAGGAAGCCCCCUCUCGUACGCGCUUCUGCCCAUUCUCUCCCAGGUGAUGUGCACGAGUGCGGUGCUCAUCAUCCUCCGCGUCGCCAGCGGUCGUGCGUGGAGCGCGCAGACGACGGAGAGAGCAUUCAACGAGCGCGGCAAUGUGACGAGCAAUAUGUCGGGCAAGGGUAAAUCGCGCGCGAUGGCCCUCUCCAGCAUUCAUUUCAAGGGCUUUGAGUCAGGCGGAGGUAGAGGCUCUAGCUUGGAAAGCCAGCUUGCUGAGGCUUAG